CCUAGGUGUUAUUGCAGGACUACCCUCUCAGCUCAAUUGUUCUAGAAAAACCGGAAAUGCAUCUUUGUGCUGAGGCAUUCAGAAGUUUGUCAUCACACUGAAAAUCUGGGAUGUUUUCAUUCAUUUGAAGUGAACAGGAAAUUUAGUAUUUCAAAAGAUUUAAACAGACAAGUUGUGUAACUGGAAGACUCAUGUUUUUCAGUUGUUAUUUUAACUGAAAGGAGAUGGCAGCUACACAGAAACUGGCCUGUUUACGGUUACCUCCACUGCCUACUAUAAAGGAGACUAUCAAACUGUAUAAUCUGAGAGCAGAAAAACAGCUUUCUCAGAACUUCCUCCUAGACAUGAGACUCACAGAUAAGAUUGUCCGGCAGGCGGGGAACCUGAAGGACGUGCAUGUGUGUGAGGUGGGACCUGGACCUGGGGGCCUCACCAGGUCUAUUCUGAAAGCUGGAGCAGCAGACUUGUUAGUGGUGGAGAAGGACACGCUUUAUUCCAGGAUUGCAGCUUUUUUCUGAGGCUGCCCCAGGAAGAAUGAGGAUAGCACAUGGAGAUUUCUCACAUACAGACUGGAAAGUGGGUUCCCAGCCCACAUUAUAAACAUUAUAAGUGAUCUCAAACAGUUCAACAAAUAACUAGUACUUCGACAUGGAGCGUUUAUUUAUUUAUUUAUUUUUUUUUGCACCCAUGACAAAUACUGUACAAGCAAAACACACUUUGGAAAAAAUGCAACUUUGGAUACUAGUGAGUAUUUUGAAUAAAGUAAAGACUUAUUCAAAAACAAAUAUUUUUCUGAAAAAAGAAAUUUGUGACACAGUUAUUGCCUCCUCUUAAUUCAAUACAUUGUGCAGUUUAGGAUAGAUAGGUUACAUUAUUUAUACCCACAGGUAAAUUAGUUUUUUCAGUAAAAUGACAGUGACAACCAUCCUUGACACACAAUUUCAAAACAAAUUUAAAAACAUAAAAUAAACACAACAAAAUCACAAUAAAAACAUGAUACAAGUGCUCAAAACUCCACAUCCUACAGCUUAUUUAACACAGUUAAAACAGCGGGAAUAAAGCUGUUUUUAUACCGCUUUGUUUUACACCUUGGGACUAGAAACCUCCGUCCAGAGGGAAUGUCAAUUGUCAAUGUCAAUUUUAUUUAUAUAGCACCAUUUCCACAACACAUGGUUGACCA